AUGAGGAGGAGUUACAGGGGUAAGCUCGACUUCUCAUCGCUCUUGGUCAUUUCGGAACAUAAAUAUGUCCAGAUUCUUCUUAAAAAUUUGUAUAGAUGGUGACAUCACAACAUCUGCGGGAAGCUCAUUCCAUGGUUUGACCACCCGAACCGCGAAGGAGAACUUCCGCACAUCCAGCCGUGCCUGCUGAGUGCGCAGUUUUAACGGGUGACCUCGGAGGUUGGUCGUGGUAGCAAAUUCAAAAAAGUCUUCGAAGGCCAGACUGCAAUCCAACCCCUUUACAAUGCGGAAGGCUUGCAAGAGAUCUCCGCGAAGUUGCCUGUAACUCAAAGGAAAGAGGUUCAGAUUUACUAGGCGGGUUGCAUAAGAAAAGGAGCUUUGACCCCUAACCAUCUUCGUUGCUCUCCUCUGGACUCUUUCGAGGCAGUUCUGAUCCACAACAGCCCACGGCCUCCAAGCUUGUAUGCCGUACUCUAAAUGCGGCCGGACGAAUGUUCCGAAUGUCUUAGAGAAAGCUUCUUCGUCAAAGUCCAUAAACGCACGCUUGAUGGCGUACAGUACGGACAUUGCGGUUUUUGCCACCCUCGAACAGUGGGCGGAUGGUUUUAGGGAACUCGUCGUCAGCUCACCGAGGUCCCUUUGGGCUUCGACCUUUUGUAGGGCUGCACCGCCCAGAAAGUAGCCUCUUGUGCUGGCGGAUCUGGCUGUGUUGCCUAGGCGAAGUAUGCUACAUUUGGCAACGUUGAACCGCAGGAGCCAACGGUUUGACCACUCCUCCAACCGAUUCAGGUUCAUCUGCAGUCUGUCUUCAUCGGCAGGACCCCGAAUUACACUCCAUAUCUUCAUGUCAUCCGCAAACAUUGCUACUUCACAGUCUAAAUCUCUUGCGGCAUCGUCCACGUAGAUAAGGAACAAAAUGGGUCCCAGAACUGAGCCCUGGGGGACACCACUAUCGACCAUAGCCGGAUCUGAUUUUCCCCGACCGACGCACAAGGAAGUUUUCGAUCCAUUUAAGGAAGUUCCCUAUUUUUUUCAGCUUAUGUAAGAGUCUUUGGUGUGGCACAGUGUCGAAAGCCUUCUGGAAGUCGAUGAAGGCUAUGUGGACCGCGUGCCUGUCGUCGAGAGCUCGGGUCCAGGUCUGCAGAGAUUGCAGCUGGUUUGUUGUGCAGGAUCUGCCUGCUCGGAACCCAUGUUGGCAUUUCGAUUGCAGGCCGUGAACUUCCAGGAAUUGCAUCAGUUCACUCUUUAUGAUCCUUUCCAUAACUUUGCAGAGAAUGCAUGUCAAGCUUAUGGGCCGGUAAUUUGUCGUCGCUGCCCUGUUACCUCCUUUGUGUAGCGGAGUAAUAUGCGCCAGCUUCCAAUCUAUAGGAAGUGUUCCAGUGUCAAAUGACGUUUGAAAGAGCAUCUACAAAGGCACAGAGAGCUCACUGGCAAGUUCCUUCAGAAGCUUGGGUGGAAUCUCGUCUGGUCCUGGCGACUUCGAUUCGUUCAAUGCCUCUAAUUCUCUUCGGACAAUGCCUUCUGAGAAGAGUAUAUCACUGACGCUUGGAUUCGGCAGUUCUUCUGUGGAGGGAGGAAGGAACCUUGCCUCGUUUGUGUAGACUGAUUGGAAAAACCGUGAAAAAUAUGCAGCUUUAUAUAGGCAGAAUAGUAUUACCGACAAAGACAAGGGAGACUGGAAUGGCCAUUUCUGGCUUAUUAGCCGUCGUCAGCCAGCCAUACCCAAGCCCGAAGUGUGGAACACCCGAGCCUCGAACUCGCGACCUGUUGGUUUAGAAGUCAACGCCUCUACUCACCGGGCCACGAGCCCGUUGCCUUGUCGGUUUUCGAUCGGGAAUAUACAAUGUUAGGGGGCGCUCACCGAUCGUUCAUACGGAACUCACUCGUUCCGUUGUGCCUUAUGGACUCUCUCUCGAGCCCAACCAGCAGCCGCACAGCGGCGCAUGAUAUAUAGGCAGAAUAGUAUUACCGACUAUUCUGCCUAUAUAUCAUGCGCCGCUGUGCGGCUGCUGGUUGGGCUCGAGAGAGAGUCCAUAAGGCACAACGGAACGAGUGAGUUCCGUAUGAACGAUCGGUGAGCGCCCCCUAACAAUGCAGCUUUAUCCCUACUAUCAGCGAUCUCAUCGCCAUCAGUAGUCUUUAUCAAAGGGAUUUGAUGCCUGUUCCUUGUAGUUCGUCGGAGGUAGCUGUAGAGCAAUUUUGGGUUCUGCGUUGCUUUUUGUAGCAAGUUCUUCUCGAAUUCCCACCGCGUCUGCAUUAUCAACUUCCUCAGUUUGUUCCUCUGUGUCUUGAGAACCAUCGAUCCGAUGUUUUUCCCCUUUGACAUAUAUGAGCUACAUGUACCUCUUAGCCACUUUUGUAUUGUUUGCUCGGAUCUAAACGACAGUAAUUUUGCAGAGAAGGCAUUUUAUCAUUAAAACUACCGACUAAGCCGACGUUGACCUUUACCUUCUGAUAUUUGAGAGUUAAGCCAAAAAACAAUUGUCACAAUUUUAUUGGUCUGCAACAAGCCACUUGACGUGUAAAUAAUCCGCGCCCAGGCUGUUGUCGUCCUUGUGAGUCGCUUUCCCAUAAUUCGUGUAAGUUUUUUGAGAUUAAUCUGCACUCGUGUUAGUCUUCUGGCACAUUUCUAAUUUUUUCGGCCUACCAUUGGGUCCAUGGUCUCCCAAUAAAGGCAAACACCAGAGUUAGUCUUUUAUAUUCCUGAUAUAUCAAGGGUGUCCCUUGCACAGGGACAGCCCUGUACUUAUAGAUUGGGUUUACGAGCUUGACUGGGGCAGGCUAUCUAAUUGGUUGACGGUGCUCAGCCUGCGUGCUUUAGAAGAAUUUGAUGACGUCAGACAUUCCGUCAGCUUAUUCAACUGCCCACGGACAAGGUAUAUACCUUGUCCGUGAGCAGUUCAACCGUGGAUUUUGUAAAUAUAUGUUUACAAAAUCCACGGUUGAACCAAUUAAGGAUAUUCAUUGUACGCCCAACACAUCAAACUGCAUCUUUUAGGUUAUAUUCGUCAUUGACGCACACCCGUUGCACUCGCCGCAACCAAGCACUGCCUCUGCGAAGGGAUUAUACGGAUAUUGCCUGCCAAGAUUACUGUAGAGUCAGCUAAUCACAAGCCUGGCCCCAGACUGUGCGCUGAAGCUAGCCUUGAGAGACUGCAAUAAUAGCAGGGAUAUGAGAACUGCCACAAGUUUGUUGAAAUUAGAACUUCGAAUGUCAAACAGGAACGACUAAUUUUUUCUUGCACUUGGAAAUACGACGUAAAAAGACGGCUAGACCAGAAUCAUGUGAUAACUACUUCGUAAAUUGACGAGUUCUCGCCCAUAGAACAACUUGGUGCAUUUAAGGGGUGACUUUUGUCUUUGAUAGUAAUAUAUAAACUAUUGAUUCUUAACUGAAAGAGUCCACAGAGCCAAACUCUCUGAUGUUAAUUUUGAUACUUGGAUUCGCUGAUCGGCACACUUAUUCACUUCUUCCAUUUCUGCAGAAUCCUAAGUUAAAAGCCUGACUUUAAGUGGUCACCGCCACAUUGUGCUAGAAUUUUUUUAACCACGAAUUCCUGCACGAGCAGUACACCGUAAUAAUCUGUCCACGCUGACCUUAAGCUUGUUCCGAUUUCACAACCGCCUUUGUUUUGGAUUCAUUUAAAGGGCCGCAGAAGGAAUUGGUGGUGACCGCCCUCUCUCCCCAUAAUGCCUUGGUCUUAGACUAAAAUAACUGCCUUACGUCUAUCCAGGGAUCUCUCUUUGGAUUUGAAUCCCGGAUUCAUGAAUAGAUCCCACAGUAAAUUCAUAAAGCCCAGUCUCCUCACUACGAGUCCAACCCCAGUUUAGUUCUUUGUUCGGACGCAGGAGAUGUGGUCACUACAUUUGCUGAUUCUGAUGAGGGUUUGGUAAUUCUUAAUCCAGCCAACUUUCCCUCUUCAAAUAACUAAGGGGUUUUGUCGAGGCACUCAUCCACUCCUUCUCUGUUCGAUAUUCUUUUCAAAAUCUCAGCGGUUUCGACUUUCUAUAACUUUUUUAGACACAUUUGAAAUACUGUUCACAUGCUUGCUCUCUGUCUCUCGUUCAUAACAUGGAAAAUCUUGAAAAAGUUCGCUGCCAAGAGCCUUAGCUCAUCAUCUUGUUGCGUAAUGUGCCAGCUACGUCACGCUUCCAAACGUCAAAUUGGGCUAUCUGUCUUCAUAAGUGUUUCUGCGUUUCCCUCUUCGCAGGAUACGAGAUAGAUCACGGCAUUAAUGAUGUGGACGCUUCUUAAUUUUUUGACCCAAACAUAUCCGAAAUUUAGGGAGGAGUGGGGGUGGAGGGAGGGUACUUAUGCGUACUGGGAUCAUAAGUGAGUCGCGUAGAUCAGAAAGUUUUUUUUUGAGUCGUAAUAUGCGUCGGAACAGUUUCUUACAUUUUGGCUUAUAAAGAUGAGUAUCCAACUAAACAAUCCUAGUUUUCCGACUAUCGGUACAUUUCCUUCGUCGACUUCCUUCAGUUCCCUAGAUGCUCAUAAUUUUUGCACGUUCGUGUGGCACAAGCGCCUGGCAGGACCUUGUAGUAAGAUCUACAGAGGAGCUCAUCCAUCGUACAUGGCCUUAGACUCUUUUUAAAAGAGACCUUGUUUUGCGCCCUCUUAGCAUCGCCUCUUUGUUAUUAUCCCAUCAAAUGCAGCCCCUUGUCUACUUCGCGUCGGCCUUCUCGGCCGCCUGUCGUUUGUUAAACUUUGCGCCUUUGUUCCGCGGUGUGAUUUUAAGUGAUUUGUGUCUCGAUUUCCAUCUUAUGCAGCAUGUUCGUUUGUUGUAUUUCACUGCCGUCUCGCCAAUGGGUUCCGCGCUUUUGGGUUUCCGUUUAAGUUCUUGCAGAUUUUGUCAGGAAAGUUUUAAAGGUUUCCAGGUAACCGCGUAAGUCCGCGGAUUGUUCUAGUUUGACCAACUUAAAUACUUUUAUCGUUCUUUGACAUAUCGCUUGAAUUCUGAAACUACCCUCGGCCUGCCCAUUGAGUCGACGUUUAAGUAAAUUUCUGUCAAGUUUUGGAAUCUGUCAAUAAUGUCAGACCUUUUAUUUCACAAGGUUUUUCAAGGCCUGCUUUCUUCCAUUUGACAGUUUUAAUCACCUACUUCAUUUACUUUAUGUAGUGUCUGAAGAAAAAUGUGUUCUAACCAAACCGGAAAAAUCUAUCACACGGUCCUUCUGGGACUCGUAUUCUGUUUAAACAUGUCCCCUUUACGACUGUUCGACCGUCAGUUUCGACGGUGUCAACCAUGUGCCUCACAGCAGGAACGGUAACUUGCGCGUUAAUUCGUUUACGGUGUAGCUAGACUUGUGCAGCGUCUACUGCAUUCUCGGUAUCAUGGCAGAAUCAAAAAGACCGCAGGCUGGAAAUGGGACAGGUGACUGGAGCGGCGUGAGCCCGCACCUAGGCGUACCAACACACCCCCUAGUCCGCGCACAAAGAACCAGGAUUUUACGCAACAAGAAGGCGGGUGGUUCGGAUCCGAACCGAGUGGAAGGGCCAUAAAGGCCACCCUAAGGAGUCAUCGCAGUCUGAUUCAGACCACUAGUCCACCAUUCCACACUAGCGCACACUGGGCUGACCUCGUGGUCUGAGUUGGAUUUCAGUUGACAAUCUUCCAAGCUACGGCUUUUGGCGUACAGUGAUAGUCUCAAGAGCGCCAGAUUGUUUAUAUAGUUAGGAGAAUGCGUUUGGACGUGGACCUCACCCUUUUGCCCUUCACGUAUAACAGUCGAUUAUCCAAGCCGGUCGGCCAACUGAUGCUGAGAUUGUGAGAGGGGGCUGAAAAAACUAAGAAUAGUCCAUCUGCGUGUGCCACACACGCGACCAGCACUGCUCAGAUCUCACUUGUAUCAGUGGAGCCACACGGAGAAGGAGCCAAAGGACACUCUUCGAACUUAUGUGAGAGGUACCCAGUUCGUGCCAGCGCUGUGUGAUGUUGGAGGCGCAUGUGUGUGGUGCAUGUGUUGAUUGGGAAAUGUAUGGUGUGCUGCAGGUUUUUAAGGAAACGUAUGUGACCGAGCAAGCCCAUGCAAUGGCUGGCCGUGCGAGGGUAGUGCGGGCGGCUGAAGCGAUGACGGCGGGUGUGUGUUGAUGCUGCGGGCACUGUUUCGCCGGUCCGUUUUAUAAAAGUGACUGCAGCCCUUAACAAGUUUACGAUUUCAGUAUUUGAACCAUCCAAAACUCAAUUCCAUGUUAUUUUAACUGACGCCUUUUCAGUGAAACGCUUGCUAUUUUUUUAUUCUAGUUCUGGUGAUGCCGAUCGUCUCUGUGCCGGAGCAUGUUCUCUUCCAAAAACUGAAAAGAAGCUUUAGUAAGUCUCGCAAACUCGUCAUUAGCGCCUUUCGUUUUAGCUGAAGAGGAGUUCACAGACCUCUGCUUUGCCUUUGGGCUGGAAUUGGAUGAAAUUGUUCGUUCACCUCGCCUGUCUUAAUAAAAGCGUCAUGUUUAGACAUCUGAACAAGAAUUAGCCAAACGUGAACAGGGCGACGUUGGAGCGGUUGGCUCGAAGAGUGAUACGACAAUCUACAAAGUGGAAGUUCCUGCUAACCGCUAUGACCUCCUGUGCGCUGAGGGCCUCACCCGAGCCCUCCUCAUUUUUCAGGGCAAGUAAGUGCAAAAGCAUCUUAAAGUGCUUUUUAGAAUAGCUGCGCCGGAAUAUCGUGCCAUCCUUCCGAUGCCCCAUAUACAAAUUCGGGCUUCUCCUAAUGUGAGUUCUUAUUUGCAGUAAAAACCAAAGAAACCGCAUGGUUGUUUGUGCCGUUACUGCGGUAAAAUAAGGCAGGUUUGCCUAAGUAUUCAGCCUCAAUCAAGUCACGCAAACUAACUUCUUGCCUUUGGAAAAAAUCUCAUCCGCUCCCAAUGUUGUGCGUUACAGGUCUUGGAAGUGCGUCCCUUCGUCGUUGCGGCCGUUCUGAGGAAUAUUGCCUUUGACGAGGACCGCUAUGCCAGCUUUAUUGAUCUACAGGACAAGCUUCACCAGACCAUUGGCCGGUACGACCAGUUUAUAUUCCAUUUUGUCUGUCAUUGCUGUCUACAGGACACCACUAUAAGUUUACCUUCCAUCAUCCCUCCUUAAUUUCGCAUAACUAGUAGAUCCACAUUAUCAAGUCCGGCAAACUUUUUGUAUUUGUAGCCCUCUAAGACGCAUCGUUAAUCCGUAUUUGGAGGAUGGCGUCAAUACCGCGACAGUUUGCCGCCGUAACUUUCCAUUAUCAGUUACGACCCCAGCGGUGAUUCCGAGAGCUGUUAAUUACAGCGUUCAUAUGGUCCCACGGCAGCCACGUGCUAUAAAUACUGCACUCCUUGUGCUACCAUUACCUUUAUCUGCGACUGUCUCUGAUGAUGGACUCGAGUGAGAAUCCGAAACGUCAGGCCAAUAAAUUUCUUGUUCCAGUGAUCACAUCUUCGCUUUCUGAACUGCUACCUGGAACUCGCCUGUUCGCUUCUAUCAGUUGUCUGUCAGUUCGAUAGUUCAUGUCGAUUGCUGGUCGAUCCCCCUUGCAGGCGUCAGCCUACGUUGUGAACAACAUGAGAUUGAAGAAGGUUGUGUCGAGGACGCGACCUUGCUUCAUUCCAUUGGUCAUCACUAAGGUCUCUGGCGUGGAUCCGUUGUCUGCCACGUGUACCACCAUGACAUAUUGCUGGUGUUUAACCGUAGUCGUGAUCGGCAGGAUUUAUUGGCACCAAAAAAUUUCGCGACUGCUCUUCAGCUGCUUCCUGUCGCUUCGUAAGAGGGAUAACGAGUGAGAACAAUACACUCACUCGUUAUCCCUCUUAUGAAGCGACAGGAAGCAGCUGAAGAGCAGUCGCGAAAUUUUUUGGUGCCAAUAAAUCCUGCCGUUCUUGCCUACUUCAGCUUCGUACCGGGGACAAAAUGCUUCAAGUAGUCGUGAUCCUCCCCAUUUUGAGUGGCUGCCUCGGUUCACGUUGUCAAGGCCUAUGUAGUGGCAUCCACUAUGGUAGUGUAGAAACUGAUCCUUAUUUCUUGACAUUCGACGGCAGACGAACUGCCUUAUUAAUACACGAUUCGCUGUUGUCGUGUAGAUGUUAUUUUUUGCGCCUUGGUGCAUGAGAUCUCAUGCAGUAGUGAUUUGACACACUUCCUGCGUUAUUUACUUAUUGACGCAAAACGCUUAGCAUUACCGUCAAUGCCAGACUUGUGCAUGCAGCCUUUCAGUCGGCUCUCACGACUUUUACGUUUCCCAUUCUGAGUCAUCUACUUAAUUGCAGGCAUUUGCAAAGACCAGUUGUCGGUCUUUUUGGGACAGCCAAGCACUUGUACAGUAAAUAACCCAAAUAAUUAAAUGUGCUUACAUGCACGAAGAAUCCCUACUCAAUCGGAAACCGACACAAACGCAUCGACCAACACCCCCCCCAUCCGUUAACCAUAAAUGACUUCCAACUAAGUGAAAACACAAAAGGUGUAUUUUAUGUAUCUUAUGUUGUUUAGGAGUAACAAGUUUCUUUAGAAGAGUGGAACUUUAUGUCAGCUGCAUAAAGUCAAUUUGUAGAAGUACAUAGGAGCUGUGCAUGGAAACAACCAAGCAAAUAAAACGGCAUAUGUAAGAUAGAGUUUAUAGAAAGCAUUUUAUAAUUCACUUUGACCCAACUGCAAAAAACUCGGUGCCUCGGUGGGAUUCGAACCCACGACAGCAAAGGGAGGCUUUAGUACAGCCAACACUCUAACCAUCUGAGCUACGAGGCCCCGCCGGCCGACGCGAGUUCAAUCACAUUUGGGGCAAGUUACCCGCCCAACCUACUGCAACGUCUGGAAUCCACCAAAUCUGAUUUAUAAUGGUCGCGGUCAAUAUCCUCUAGAAUUAUUUUAUUAGAAGUAUGGCGGCCACUACAUUGGCUAACGUUUAGUUGCGUGUUCCACAAUGGUUUUUAAAAAUCCCAUGCAAUUCGUGGUGUGUGAUUGACUAAGAAAGAGAGGAUUUCACCAGACUUUGCAGAUAUGGAGGUCACUGGGAUAAAGGUCUUCAAACGGUCUCACGCCGGGUGGUCGGCCAGUGACCUGGAAAUUGAAACCGAAUUAUCGAACGCAGUCAUGAACAUGUCAUUCUCUGUGUAUCAAGAGAACAUUUUAGACGUAAACCUUCUGUGUUAGUUAAGCGACGGAGAUAGGUUCUGUGGUUCUCAUCUACUAAAACCUUCAAAAUAGGGCACUUGAAAGCACUUACCUAAGCAGUGAGUCUUCGGGUUGUCUUUUUUACGCAGAUAGCGGUUUUAGCCAUAUUUCUAAACUCACCCAAGCAAUGAAACCUGACCUUCGAAGAAUAGACUUCCACAACUAGGGCAUGUGACGAGUAUACUAUUGGUUAUUAGAAUAACCUCUAGUAAGUUAUCUUUGGGGGGAGGGGGGUAUUUAACUGAUGAAUGCACACGUCUUCUCCUUUUAUUCCGAAGUAAAGUCGGGGAAGGUAUCGGAACGCUUGGCGCGCCUGUGCACUUUCCUGAAAGAUGCCGAUAAUUUUUCUUUAUGUUCGUUUACAUGUAGGCUCCGUUCGAGGGUCAUGAAUGUACCAGAGAGUGACCAUGCAAACACUAAAAUCUUAUCGGAACUGCUGAUGCUGUUACGUAUGAGCAAAAUUUAGAGCGCACAAAAAUGCCACAAAUUGUGCUAGAAAGUUAAGCCGACUGUUUUAUGGCGGACCGUUUUGCAGUUACUUGCAGGAUGUUUGAAUAUUUCCCGAAAAUAGGGAUAGGUCAAAACAGAAGAUCGCCUGUAGGCGUUAUCACCGUUUUCGUACAAAUCGGGAUUUUUAAAGUUGUGUUUCCCUCUAAAUAGUCUGCUUAUUCGCAUCCUACCUUGGCUAACUUACGCGGACCAAAUAAUAGAUUUUCAAGUGGGCAAGGAUUGUACGGAUAAAUCCCCCCCCCCCCGUUUAGGCUAAUAUCCUCUGGUAGAAAAACACUAAUGCACAUAUGUGGUGCUAGAGAGCGAUUAACAUAAGAAAUUGUGUCAUUAUAAGGCGACGUUUAUUUUUGCUCAGAUUUAUGAUUUUUUUCAUUCACAAGAUCGUUCAGAAAUAUUUUGUGCCAGGGAAAGACUUCUUUCGGAAGGCGAUAGCCUAACGAGUAAAGUACGCGACAGUUAAGAUGCCCCGAAAUGAUAGUGCAGAUCUCUGUCAUCUCGUUUCUGGAGUUAAGUCACAUAUUGUGGUUUACUGCUCCUUUUUACGAGGAUGUAUCUGCCUAUACCGCUUGAUGUUCUGUUCCUAAUACCGCUCAAUUUACCUUCAUAUCAAACAAAAAUGAAUAUGAAAAUGAAUGUGUAUAUCUUUGAACGAACACAUUUGAGUCGCCUACCGUGUUAUGACUCACUGGUUUCUGGUUACCUGUCUAACAUGAUAACGUCGUUUGAUAGUAAACGAAGUAUCGUGGCAAUUGGAACGCAUGAUCUUGACACUCUUCGACCACCAUUCGUCUACGAUGCCCAGCCCCCCUCGAAGAUACGGUUCCGGCCUCUUAAUCAGACGCAAGCCUUCACGGCUACUGAGAUGACUGAACUCUACUCGGUUAGUAUUACCUCAUGCAACUUAAUUUUGUGAUAACGCUUUACGCUAGCAAUGAAUUAUUUUCAAGGAAUUUUAGAUAUGAGAUGGUACCGACAAAGACAAGGGAGACCGGAAUGGCCAUUUCUGGCUUAUUAGCUGUCAUCAACCAGUCAUACCCAACCUCAAGUGUGAGUCACUUGGGAUUCGAACAAGAGAUCUUUGGUCAUGGAGUUUGACACUCUACCAUUGAGCCACGGGCCCGUUGUCCUGUCGGUUGCGAUUGGGAAUAUCAAUUAGGACAGAUGGGCGCUCACCGAUCAGGUUACGGAACAUGCUCGUUCCGUUGUGCCUUGGGGCUCAUACUAGAACCCUCGCAGGCAGUCGCACAGCGACUAGUAGAAUGAUGUAAAUCAGGUGGUACCGACAAAGACAAGGGAGACCGGAAUGGCCAUUUCUGGCUUAUUAGCCGUCAUCAGCCAGUCAUACCCAACCUCAAGUGUGAGUCACUUGGGAUUCGAACAAGAGAUCUUUGGUCAUGGAGUUUGACGCUCUACCAUUGAGCCACGGGCCCGUUGUCCUGUCGGUUGCGAUCGGGAGUAUCAAUUAGGACAGAUGGGCGCUCACCGAUCAGGUUACGGAACAUGCUCGUUCCGUUGUGCCUCGAGGCUCAUGCUAUUAUUCGCUGUGCGACUGCCUGCGAGGGUUCUAGUGUGAGCCCCAAGGCACAACGGAACGAGAACGUUCCGUAAUCUGAUCGGUGAGCGCCCACCUGUCAUAAUUUUAAAUGAGAAGACCCUUGAAAGCUGUCAUAAGAGAUUCUACCUCGUAGACCGAAUACUAAUUUUCAGCAUGGUUUCGAUAAAUGCACCAUAAAAAACCAAGAAAUUACUGCAAUUAGAAAGACGUUAGGAGCGAGGCAGGUUAAAGUUACCACCCUCCAUGUUGGACGUUUAAGACUUUCGCGGUGUAAGGUUGGCAAAGUUGAGACUUUCAGGGUGAUACUUUGAGAAGGGUAAGGGGUUCAUCGGGCAGAAAUGCCAUGCUGGUUGGUCAUGAGCUGGCCUAUUUUUUGUUUCUUCGCUGCCUCGGGUUUUUGGCAGAUGCUUGGCGGACGAUGAAAGCCUAGCGUGAGAGUCGUUCAGACUACGGUUUUCUCACCCUGUAAAUCGGAGUAUUCACUAAUUUUAACGUGUUGACAAGGGGUUCGUCAGGCAGAAAUGCCAUGCUAGUUGGUCAUGAGCUGGUCUUUUUUGUUUCUUCGCUGCCUUGGGCUUUUGGCAGAUGCCUGGCGGACGAUGAAAGCCUAGCGUGAGAGUCGUUUUCUCACCCUGUAAAUCGGAGUAUUCAUUAAUUUUCACGUUGUGGUGAGGUCGGUUGUUCGAACCGGUUUCCUGUUGAUGGCGCAGAACUCUUCUGUCGUAGUCUACUCUAACGACCCCUGGACGGCAGUUUGACCGUCGUUGUCGAUGAUGUCCACCGUGUGCUCCACAGCAGGGUGACUUGGGCUUGAGCUAGUUUAAAGUGGUGGCAGGCAUGCGCAGCGUCUUCCUCACCCUCUCUUCCCCCACCUGGAUCCAGUGCCAAGACAGCGUCAAAAAGACCGAAGGCGGAAGAGAACGCAGGUGUGUGAACUAGCAACAAGGCUUACCACUACACCCCCCGGUCCGCCACGUACAUUAACCAGGGUCUUAUACCACAACAAAAAUAGAGGGACGGCAGGGAUCCCAACUGACACGCUGUGAGCCUGCAACUAGGUCCGUCACUACAACCAAAUUUUGGUAUUUUUUUUACGGGUGCACAUCCUCGACGACUUCUGCCGGACUCCAAUGUACCCCCCCCCCCUCCGGUAUUGAUCCAGCACAUCUACCGCGUGACCCGUUUUAGGAGCAACCUUGUCGCCUAUUCUGGCCACUAAAAUGACAGGCUUUCAUUCUGCGAAUAAAAAUGCCCACCAUUCGGCUGCGGGUUUUGAGUGGUCGGUUUAGUACCAAACUAACUACCCGACAGGAAUUGGGUUAUGCCGUUAUCUUUCAGGCUGGACAGGGCCGACUGCUCAGCCCUAGCGUGCGUAAGUGCCUCUUCUUAUGCCGCUUUCUAGUUUGCCUCCUCGCCGCGUUACCGACAGCACCUUGCUCACUGUGCAUAAAACCCUCACAAUGUCAUAUAAGCUCCUUACCAGUUACAGUGGGUGUCAUAGCCCCUGAAGUGCUAGCUGAACUUCUGGAAUAUGGUCUCGGUUGGAAAGAAUUGCUUGGGUCGGAUUGUAAUAUUGAUGAUCAUGCAGCAUGAUCCGAAAGUCCAAAUAUAUUUUAUGGAAAGCAUACACAGGAACAUAAUUUCUUGUAGUUAUUUUGUAGUAAAUUAUGCUUUCUAUUUUUUGCUUCAAAAAGGGGGUAGCUUUCGGUUUCUAGAAGUUUCAAUUUGCUUGUGAACAAGGCAAGUUGGUGCCAGUCAAAAAGUGACACUAGUGAGAUUGAAGUGCCCUGUCGUACUCAUGCACGUGAUAGUUCGAUUUUCUUCAGAGGGAGGAGCCUGACUUUUGCGGCGUCAAUGUUGUUGGUGGGGGUCGUGGCGGCAAUAGCGCCGAUUUUUCUUUAAACUUCACGUCCUAUUACGCUGCUACUUGCACCGCAUCGACGAGGCAGAUCUCUUUGUCACGCCAGUGGAUGCAGCUUGUUUUACAGCAUGGAAGCGUUAAUUUGUUCAUCACUUGAUCUGAUUUUAACUUCCCUCCCCUUCAGAAAGAAUCUCACCUCAAGCCCUACAUUGCGCUGUUGAAAGGCGAGCCCAAGUACCCCGUCAUCCUGGAUUCGAAGGGCACAGUCCUAUCAAUGCCUCCCGUCAUCAAUGGUAGUUCACUUUUAAUUUAAUGCACUUUAAUAUUUGCCCCCUUCCCCGCCUUGCCUUCGACUACAAUAUGCGCGGUAAUGUGUGACACUCUUCACUGGGCGUGGGAUGUAGACUUUGUAACCAGCGGCGUGCUAGCUUUCUAAUCAAAUAAUGUCAACCAGUAGUGACAAUUUCACCCUGAAGAAUCACUUCUUAAGCAGUGAGCCUUCUACUUUUGCCCUCCUAAUAUAAGGUGCAUUGUUUUAUAAAAAAGACCCCCGACAGGACGUUUUUUCUGAAUAGGAUUUCCUUAGUACGGGGUAUUCGCCUUCAGAAAAGUCAUCGCUUAGGUUAUGUAUGGCCGUUUAUCAACUGUUUGGUUAUUUUAAGCAUUACUUUCAAGAAAUACGCAUGUCAGUUCGCAUGGAAAGCCUGCAGAUACGUAAUGCCUGACUCGUGCCCGACAGCGAGUUCUGUGACCUCUUAGGACCAAAGCAAUCGCUACUGUGCAAUAUCCAGCUCCUGUUAAGACCACAUAUCCGAUAUAGGAAUGUAAGGAGUAGAAUUUUCGGACAGUCCUUCUAUCAGGGAGGUACUUGGGCUUAUGACUGUUGACAUUCGGCGGUUAUAGUUUUGCCAAAGGGGUCACAACUCACGAAUUAGUCAUGAAGUACGUUCGGUUCUGUUUUUUUAAAAUUCCUAUAGUAAAUUCAUUGAGUCGCUAGUUCUCUGCUAUUUUAUCGCGGAGACUGACGAAAUUGCUGAUGAUCUCUAUGCCUGCGAACUGCAGAUUCUGGCCGAAGAGAGCGACGAGAAGUAUUGUCUACCCUGGUAGAAAUUCCGUAUGGAGGCGACAGCGAACUGCUGCAGAAAAGUCCUGACUAGGCGCGGGUUUUGUCCAUUUGGUCGCUAUGGAGGCGAUGGCGAAAAGUUGCGAUACGGUGCGCCAUAUAGCAGCAGCGCCAGGUCUGGCAUCCACCAUGUACGACGGUUGUUUUCCCCCAGUCUCCGCCAUGUAGAUCCUACAACAGCUUUCAGUUCACCAACCCCCCCCCUUCCGUCGUAUGCCACGGCAAAUACUUUACGCGGAAGUCUUGUAAAUGUUUUUUUAAAAUAAGAUUUUAUUGUAAAAAAUAUCGUGCAAAACCUAGUAGCUGCUAAUCUAAUUGUUCUCUGUCGUCUUGUUAUCCGGCGUGGACUGCGACAGCAGCAGAUGAACCACAUGGAGAAGGGGACUGAAUAACACACUUCUCACUUAGGUGAGAGGUGUCUGCAUUUUAGGAUGUUGUAGGUGUUCAUGUGGGGUGCAUGUGUUGAUAGGAGAAUGUUUGGUGAUGGGGUCAUGUGUACGCUGAUUUACUGAAUUUUCAUAAGCGCGCAUGGGACCGAAUAGGCCCAUGCGAUGGCGACUGUUCGGGGACAAUGUGGGCAAUUGAGGCGAUGACGUCUGAUGUGUGCUGGUGUUCCAGACACCGGUUUGCCGGUCCCUGUAUGAUGAAGUCGCAACCGACCCACCAGGCCGAUGCGUAAUGUGCACGUGCGGUGACAAUAUGGCCAGGAUAGGUUGAGGGAUGUUAAACCGGUAGCCGUUGUAGUGCUGCUAGUGUUAGUCGCACCGAUGGAUGGGAGUUGGUAAGAUUGGGGAUGAGUGAGUUUUUUGGCGUGCAACGCAUGCCUGACAUGUCGAUAUCGCAGUGAAUUCCGCCGUUUUGCGUAGACAGUGCGGACAGUGGAAGCGGAUGUGGUGAGUGUAUGUGAGGGCUUCUGACACUUGUGCGCCAGUCACAGUGCGGUGGAUUUACAAGUGACCGACCAGGCCGAUGCGUGAGACGAGUGUGCGACCGACUGACACAACAACACUGUCCUCUCAUCUAAGCAUCAGACUACAGUACCUUCUGUACGUGACUUUUUGGCAUUCCUGGCUUAAGUGAGAUCAGGUUUUAAUGCAGUUUGGUAAAGCGGGCGUUGGGAUCGGCGCUUGUGUGACACGUUCGGACUAGGACUAUAUAGCACGUCAGCCACUGCGCGCGGUCUCAUCUCCGUUUGCCUGACUGCGAUUUAGUAAGCGUUUAGGCAGGCUACAUCGGCCGUACAACGAGGCGUUUGGAAAAGAGAGUACGUGAACACAUACCGGCCUGGCUAGGCAAAGGUGAGAAGAAAUCGAUCUCGAGUUCUAUUCUCGCACAUCUUGUCGAUACGAAUCACCGAGUCGAUGCCAAAGAAGCCUUUCAGAUUGUCUACCGGACACCAGCAGGCUUCUCCAAAGGCCUACGCCAACGGGUGCUAGCUACAGCUGAGGCAGUGGCUAUACGGCUAGCCAAUCCAGUGCUAUGCUGUCAGAAGACUCUGACACAGGCGCUCUGUCUUCCGUGGCCGACGCCGACCCCAACGUCGCUCCAACCUCCUGAUGCCAGGGUGGGUGCACAAGGUACAGGACGCACUCACAGCCUAUGCCCCCCCUCCUCCUCGCCCCAUGAACCCAAUUACCACGACACGCCGACCACGCCAUAGCACGCCUCUUCAUGCGAGUGGCGUGGGAACGAUCGAUGUUAAUUGUCCCCGAAUCAUUUAUAAGUUAUGUAGUUCGCAUAACUUAAACUUCAAUGUAACGUUUUGGCCUGAUGAAGAGUUACUGAAAACACGUGUUCGCCAAUUUGACUUUUCAAUUGCAACAUGGGAAUAUUCGCUGAACUUAGAUUUCGAAUAAUUCACUUUGGCCCAGCUGUUAAAAUCUUGGCGAUCUCGGUAAGGCUUCGAGUCCACGACAACUAGGCGGAAGGCCUAAGUACAGCCGACACUAGCCACCUGAGCUACAGUAGGUGGGCAACUCAUGAAACGUCAACAGAAAUUCCGAAAUACGUUUACGUUUCAGAAAGAUUAAUUAAGUAGGGUUGUAAAAGUAAUCAUCAUGAGGCAUGAUUUCAUAAUGCUUCAGUUACCUCAGGAUGCCGGCUUUUGAACGCACUUCUUUUCGGCUGCGUGGAUAAACCACACUCUGUAAAAAAAUGGCUACUUAAGUAGCAUGCAUUUUUCAUUGAGUUUUGAUGCCCUUACAAAUUCAAUUAUAUUUCCUGGAAAACAUGCACGAAAAUGUUCUUUCUUUUACUCAUUUGGUGGGAACUCACGUACUCUUCCAAUUUUCUACUCAAGGGAGGGGGUAUAAUUCGGUUUUCAAAAAACUUUUCCAAUUCCCGAAUAAUUUUGAACCCGACCAGCCGUUACACUUGCAUUCAGGGUUUCCAAACUACAAACUGUAUAUUUUCCGUGCACGGAAAAUCAUACAUGACUCUACGGUAUUAAGAGGAGACGAUAUGGGGGUUCAUAAAAUUUGGCAGUAGAUUUGAGCCAUAUUGUUAACUUUAUGAGCCACAUUGGCACAUGCACAGACAUGACGUUUUAUGAACGGCCAUUUUACGGUAUCAAAAAAUCUUAAAUAGAAACUUUUUGAAAACUGAAUAAUACCCUUCUUUUGAGUAUAAAGUUGAAAGAAGACGUAAUUUUCUACCGAACGAGCAAAAGAAUGAAUAUUUUAUGCAUGUUUUCCAUGAAAUAUAAUUGAAUUUAUAAGGACGCCGAAACUCAAUGAAAAAAUGCAUGCUUCUUAAGUAGCCAUUUUUUACAGUGUGGUUGGUUUAUGCACACAGCCGGAAAGAAGUUCGUUCAAAAGCCGGCAUCCUGAGGUAACUAAAUUAUUAUGAAAUUAUGCCUCCUGAUGAUUAAUUUUACAACCCUGCGUAAUUAAUCUUUCCGAAACGAAAACGCAUUUCGGAAUUUCGGUUGACAUUACAUGAGUUAGCCCACCUACUGUACGAGGCCUGAUUCCGGAGCCGUGGUUUUAAUCACAUUUGAAUUAAGUUACCCACCCAACGUUGGCUGUGCUCAAGCCGUUAUCUUGCUGUGCUGUGUUCGAGUCCCACCGAGAUCGCCGAGUUUUUCACAGUUGGGUCAGAAUGGAUGACCGCGUUUUGCCAUUGGUACGUGAUUGGAGAGAGUAGCCAGUAAUGCCGAUGCUACUCUUGGUUUUAUUCAGAUAAGCAAUCUAAUGCCCCCUCUAGACAUCACAACGCUCCGGCAGUCCUGACCUGAAGACACAGUAUUAAAGUCAUUGAAUGCUGCUCAAUUAUAUAAGGGCAGUCGGUUGCAACACCGUCCACUACUAGUAAACAUUACUCUCCGUCGUACAAGAAACAACUACGUCUCACGUACCGUCAUCGUUUAAAGUAUUUUUUUUCCGUACAUGCUUUUAAAUGCAUAAGACUUUAACCUUUAAUUUAUCUAAGACAAACCCCGCUUCAAAUGGUUCCUUAUAAUGACAUUUGAUCACUGCGCCCUCCGCUUAGACCGGAAAAACCCGCCUCAACCUAGGUCUUAGAAUGUGAUAUGGUACCAAGGGCUGGUACUGACAUUGCUCCCACUUCAAGAAAGCCAGCAAACGGCUAGGUUGCAGCAUCGGGAAAAUGUAAGCCUGUCACAAAUACCGCAAGAAAUGAAUCUCAGGAAGCUGUCUAUGCGCUGGCUUUGGUAACGAAACGACCUGGCUGACACGGAUUCUGCCCUAGUUUUGAGGCCGUAGCACGCACCUGGGCGCUAGCCGCCUGAUUGGUUAUCACGACGAGCUGAAUCAAGACCUCCUUGGGGACGCAGAUGAUUUAAAACGAAAGAGCACUCUUCGGUCAUAUUUUCAUGAUAGAGGACGCACUGAGUAGUUUUGUAGUCUGUUACUUUUUUGAGCGGCCAUGAAGACGGGGAGUCCCAUUUGUAAUAAAACAAAUCACAGAACCUUUAUUCUAAGAUUCGCUAGGAUAGUAGGUCGUACUUACUCAAAGAAUGUGUAACCGGCGUUACCAUUUAGCCAACCGCACAAAAUCUCGUUACUGACUGACGGUGAAAUUUGAGGCUUGAAACAUCACAUAGGUACAAAUCUUGUUGAUAAUUUUUCAUUUAGAACUUAAUCCUCCUGGAAGGUCCUGGCUAAAGGGCCAAACUAGUCGUGUCGCUGUUGAAUUCGCCCUCGAAAUGUAACGCCCUCCUGAAUUUUAGUUUCUGUCAGGUGAUAACUUUUUCCCCCUUCACCCGCCGCAACCAACUUCCCUAUGAUAACCUGGUAGGCAAGUUUAACAUGACAGGUGCUAGUUGCACAGACUGCUGCGCCGUUGCUUCUCUCCUACUUUUAUGAUUUAUUAACUCCUCGAAAUCGAGGGGAAGAGGGAGGGACCAGGCCUAACCCACUCACGUUGAAGCUUCUAUCCCUACUUUACCUUCACAGGUGAACAUUCAAAACUGAAGCUUACUACCCGAAACGUCUUCAUUGAAUGCACCGCCACUGACCUUCACAAGGCCUCCAUCACGCUUGACACCAUCGUCUGCAUGUUCUCCGAAUACUGUUCCACUCCAUUCACGUAAGCUGGCCCGCAAGUUUUUGGAAGUUAGGCAGCAGUCACCUUUCCUUGUGUAAACCAUUGGAAUUUAAAUAUUCCUACUCAUCCAAUAGACUUUUGCCUCGCGGAACGGGCAGGGCCACUGAGCUCUCAAGUUCGCGCCAAACGCUCUGACCAGCAGCCGACCUGCCAGCGUCUGUCCGUUUGCAGCGCAAAUAUUCUGCAUAUUCCCACAGUCGCACCAAAAACUUUUAAUUGCUGAUAGAAGCGAACAGGCGAGUUCCAGGAAACAUUUCAAAAGACGAAGAUGCGAUCACUGGAACAAGAAAUUUAUUGGCCUUACAUUUCGGAUUCUCACUCGAACCCAUCGUCAGAAACAGUCGCAGAUAAGGAGAAUCUGAAACGUCAGCCCAAUAAAUUUCUUGUUCCGGUGAUCGCAUCUUCUUCUUCUUCUUCUUCUUCUUCUUCUUCUUCUUCUUCUGGAAAUUAUGAUUAUUAGCAUUACGCGCCAUAUCAAUUUGUGCAUUUUUAGCAAUUGCUCAACAACCACACUUUCUCUCCCCCCCUCCUGUUAAUUUUUAACCGACUUGAAUUACCACGAUCACGCCGCAACAUUCUUUCUUUCCAGGGUGGAACCCGUGGAAGUCAUUCAGGCCGAUAACAGCAGAUCCUUCUUUCCGGUAAGUCUGAGUUUUUCUCCAUUACAUCGGGGUCUAGCUAGACUAUGGACACUUUUGUAGUUCAUCAAACACGUCUAGGAACGUCCCCCUCCCGUUGCCCUUUGGGACCCAAUCUGGAGCCCCUCCCAUCGUAGGCAGUCGCAUAGUGACCACAGAAAAAGUAACGACAAAGGCAAGGGAGACUGGGGUGGUCCCUUCUCGUCGUCGUCGUCUGCCAGUCUUACCCAACCUCGGGUCCGGCUGACCGGAGAUUUGAACCCGGGUCCUUUGGCGAUUGAGCGUUUUAAAGUCAAACACUCUUACCACUGACCCACGGGUUCGUUGUCCUAGCGGUUGUGUUCGAGAAUGUUCGGACAGGUUGGCUUACAGAGCUCCAAAAUAGGGUGGACUGCUUAUUUUAUAGGCACGCACACACAGACAAUCCAAUCGAAUGCUAUUUUGAAACCCUUUGGUGUCGUCCUUGGCUCCAUGGUCUUGGCAGAGACAGGCACCUGCAUGGAACCGACCUGGCUGAGAUAAAAGAGAAAAGUGUCUAUGUGAACAGUAGCACAUUUCUGUCACACGACGAACGCUGGGGGGUGGGGAGAGAUGCAUUAGUGGGCUGAACCGGAAGUUACAUCAUGCAGCUGAUAUUUUUCAGGCGUAUAGUGAAAAUAUACGCUGCGUAAAGCACACUGCUGCCAUACUUCCAGGUGCAAACAAGACGUGGUUACUCCGCGUAAGUUGACUGUGUCAUACGUACCCAGGUGUUUGCAAGAAAUCGAAACCAAACCUGGCGGCAUCUUGAUGACUUUAUUUCGCUUUUUGUUUAAAACCAUCUGACGAAAUUUUGUCUGCCGGUCUGGGCAGGACCGCCACUGAGUCACUUGGGGGACUUUUGCAGUGAGCUCCCAGGCACAAAACUUUUUCAGACGACAAUCUUGGAUCGUGGUUGGCAGGACGUCAGUUAAAUCCGACAAACUUCCAGGACGACUAUCACUUUCGAAAAUACAGAAAAUAUGGUGGCGGGGCACUGAUAUGUGUGCCACCCGCCUGAACUAUCUUCCUACAGAGUUCCUCUUUAUACAUUAGCACAUAUAUGCAGCGCACUUACAUUUUUUUCCUUUUUUGCAUGUUUUAAGACGCCACAUUCCCUCUUUUAAAGGACCUCUAUUACUACCAUUCUCGUACUGGAGAUGGCCUUGGGCCGUAGUUCAGGAGAUGGGGGAACUAUCUUCCUCACUAGUUUCCAGCCCAACAACUCUGCCUGAGCGAAUUCCCGAAUCAGAACUCAACAGCUAGGGCAGAUGUGAACUGCCUUGACGAAUAACCAAUUGCGUGCAUAAAAAAAGUAAAUGGAACUUUCGGAGAUAGCUGAAUAGGUCAUUUGAAAUGUCCACGGUGUAGGAUUAAUAUUGGACCAAUCAGGUGGUGUCAUUCUGUAAUUUUGACUCGCCUGACUGGUUGGGCAAACCUCCGAUUCCGUCAAGAGCCUACCGCCUCGUCAGGACUCAGCCGGCGAGUGGACGGAUGUGCUAUGACGGCUCUCUAAAGUGUAACUGAGUUCUAUGGUUGCGGUACUGAAAGAAUGACUCAACAGACGGCCAACACGUUUUUCUAAUUGAGGGCCUAAACACCUGUUUCGCCGAUCGGAGCCUGAACCGGUAUGACCCGAAAGAUUUGCACCAAUUGCGUGCAUUAAUUUCUCUGGAAAUUAUCGAGUUUAACAUUGAGACCUGGAGUGUAUAUGCCUGAAAGCACACGAAGAGCGCUAGGGGACAACCCAUUCGUGAGCCGUACCUCUCGCGGCGGAAAGAAGUCGUCGAAGCACGUGUCUCGGCUUUGGUCCCUGUGAUGACCGUAUGUCGAAUCCUUCAAGAUCUUAUACUAAUGAAAGUCAUGUUACACCAAAGCGUCAGUUUUGCGGAUAAAAAUUGCACAGUUUACGGACGCCGAAUAGAACUGGGCAGGUGAGGUCAAAUGUGGAGGAUAUGCUCGCAGCAUUCUCCGUCAUCCACGGAGUUGUGCAUCGCUAACGAGCGCUCUGGGUCGAACGGCCAAUUACAGCUUCUAUUGGGGCAGAGGGGGAGAGCAAAUUGCAGAUGAGCACCAUGGCAAAACGCCGGCUCACUUUUUGUGAACCAGGUCGAACUAGUGUCACAAGCGCUGCACUCGUCCGAUUUAGCACCGCGAGGACGGUGUUCAUAUUUUGGAAGAUAGUGGGAUAUUUGUUCGCCGGCCAGUCUAAUCCGAGCAAAGCUUGGCUGAGUAAAAAAACCCGAGUCACAGGCAUCCAUUUCAAGACGACUGCCGGCGUUAGCAGUUGUUUAUAAAUGGGUGCAUGGCAUGCUCAUGGUUACUUCGCCCAUACCUGUGGUGCGGGCAAGGCGCGUUCGUUGGAUGCCCUUGGCUCAUCUUACUUAUCUUGGAUGACAAUUUGACUGUUUAACUCGACUUUGUUCGAUGCUAUUACGAGGGGAUUGCGUGUUUUGUCAGUGCUACUGUCCCAUACCACAGGAUCCUGCUUCUUGACCUGAGAUCGAAUUUUUGUCGCACGUAUAUCCUGGUCGAAUUGGCUUGCUUAUUUCGUCAAUCCGAUCUAGUUUCAAGACAGGAAGGUUGAACCGUUUUGUCCUGAACCUCCACAGAGAGUCCUCUCCGGCAAUCACAGCGAGUCAAGUCCGAGUACGAAGGUCUACCUGGGGCUAGAAUAUGAUUGACUGAAGUCCGCUAACACAAGCUAGGGGAUCGGCAUUCCAGUCUCUCACCUAACUCUGCUGUUAACUACUCUCGACGUCGAUCCUCACCAAUGUGCAAAAAUGGAGGGAGGGGGGAAGGGUGCUUAAGUACGCCUGCUGUGACGUUUAAACUGUUUAUAACUUCGUCUGCCCUCACUCGACCCUGUGUCCCCUUAGGCUUUUGCUUGCUGCCGGUUGGUGGGAAAGCUUUUUGCUUAUCUUGUCAAUUCUUUGUGAAAAUGGGUCUUCAUCCCUUUUUCCCUGCCUAGCGCCUGGAAUAUCGCAACGAGGUCGUCAGCGUCGACUACAUCAACAGCCUGCUGGGCACGGCCUGUUCCGAGGGCGAGAUCAUCAAUCUCCUCACAAGCAUGGGCCUGAGCUGUCAGUCCGCGGGAGCAGCAUCGGACUUGGUGGCGGCCACUGCGGCCUUCAGCAUAUCUCGCGAACAGGGUGAGCUGCCUUAUGUUACUUAUUCAUCCAGUCGUGGUUAUUACUUACAGGCCUAUUAUCACAGUCCGCCUGGCCUAUAUGCCUCCCAAACCAAAGUAAAGGCGACUUCUAACAGUUUCGACAGUCUGAUACCCCCCCCCCCCUCAAAACUCCUAGAGCCGCUGGCCACCGCUAAGUCUAGUCAGAGCACGUGAAUCAUAGCCCUCUGGGGGCAGCCGAAAAGUCUGAUCAGACUGUAGGUUGUCGAACAGCGAUAGGUUUUGGUGGCCUGACAGAGGAGUGGUCUUUCAUUGUUCCCAGUCCGAGAGUGGAACUCUCCGUCCACCACCACCACCACCACCACCACCACCACCACCACCACCACUCUGACACACCAGUUCAGGGUUCCGGUGUUGUGCCAGACUGCAGGCGAAGCCCUGUUGGGGUGACUAGCGACAUUUGUCAUGUAACAGCAUCGAGGCUUGUGACCUAAUGUGUCAUCGGUCUACCAGACCGAUGGCUAGUCACGUCUGGAGAUAUUACCGCGACAUAGUCCGCGACUGCAUAUUCGUCAAAUACGGGGCCUACUUGUCCGCAGAUGGUCUUCUCUGCCGGCCGUUCCACUGUCCGACACGCGUCGGGUAUCCCAUAGGUAGGCUCAGUCUACUGGGGAUGGUUUCUGUUCCGCAGAAAUGGAAUGAGAGAGCAGGUAGGUGGUGGAGGAUAUUGAAUUGACGGCUGCACUGCAGGCUGGGGCGUUCCCUUCGAUGGGUGGAUGUCUAAUGUAGAUGUCGGCAUUGACCGUGGUAUCUGCAAAGCCCAAACACUUGCGGAUAUAGCACAAGUUCUUCCAACCGACGACCGUCCUCUCGUUCAAACCCGGUACUUUAGGUCGACUUACCCCUGUUCUCUAUAAGACUUGCUACUAGAAGUGCCCUUGUCCCCAUUUGAGUCUCUGGACUCAUGAAAUACAGCCUUGAAUUACAUGUCUCUCACUCAUGCCCAUUUCUUUGUCCUAACGAAUUGCUCUCCUGAACACAGUUACCAGCGGUCUGGUCUCUGUUCGCAUUCCUCCCACGCGCCAGGACAUCCUGCAUCCCUGUGAUAUCGCGGAAGACGUAGCCAUAUCCUACGGCUACGACCGCAUCGAAGAGCACUUGCCUACAACGUACAACAUCGUCUCCUGCCAACCCCUUAACCGCCUCACUGAUAUGGUGCGCGCCGAAGUGGCCCAGUACGGCUUCACAGAGGCUCUAACUUUCUCGCUGGUGCGUUUGGUUCCUCCUUAGUCGUCUUAACACUCAACUUUGGCAUGCACAUUUCUCCCUGGGAAGGGAACUCAACGCUGCUCUAAGUAGGCCACCGCUGAGUCUAAGGAGGCUCCACUCCACUGUCUACUCAUGUGGCAUCUUGCCGCAGUCUAUUGCCGCCCUUCGUGAUCUCACAUAAUAGUAAUCCCUCCAUCGAUCGAACUUUGGGUCGAUGGGGUAGCCAAUAGAGCUGUUUCCACUUUGAUGGACUGACAGUCACACCGGUGGCAGCUCUUAUCUACGGCCCCAUGAAGCUGUGCUGAACACAGCGAGAGUACAUGUGGAUAACCGGUGUCUCUAAAUGGUAGAGGGGCGCUCACUGAUCGUCUUCUUGUACGGAACUCACUCGUCCCGUUGUGCCUUACGGGCUCUCUCUCUCGAGCCCAAUCAGCAGCCGCACAGCGGCGCAUGAUAUAGGCAGAAUGUUACCACCGACAAAGGCAAGGGAGACAGGAUUGGCCAUUUCUGGCUUAUUAGCCGUCGUGUCCCUAAAAACAGGCGAAUUUAAGAAGUCACGUCCGGCAAAUGUACGUAUGAAGCCUGGUUUGACCUCUAGGAUUGAACCAGCCGUACCAUGGCACGUGAGGGAUGAGGACUUUAUGCCCGACCAGCCGCUGCGCCCAAGCGUACCCGACCGUCUUGACCCUGUCUUGUAGCUGGAGCAUGAUGGGCGCUUGGAGAGAGUGGGUUCAACGAUGCGCAAGGUCGCCUUACUGCAAGCCACAUCGCGCGCGCAAGUCAUCGCUGUUCCUCCUUGAUUGCGGUGACCACAGUCAUGUUUGAUCGGCGAACUGUCGGCGAACUAACUCUUAUAACUUAGGUGGGGUGUUACCCCGGACCACAGUACUUCCAGGGUCCUGGUUGCGGACUGUUAUUGGUCCAGCAUAGAUCUCCCCGGGUAUUCCUGCGCUAUCCACCAUGCAACACUGGCUACCUUUUAAUAUGACUGCACUGUUUCUGCCGGCGAGAUGACUGCAGCAUCAAAGGCCGCAGACUGACCGUCAGCUCUGACGCGAGAGAAAGCAGUCCUUCGAAUACUUUCAAGCAUGUUACUACUUAGAUUUUUCAUUCUUGGAUACCUUAAGCAUCCAUUAAUAACUCCUGACCGUGGCCUGCUCUCAACUGACGUGAUACGAGUCUCGUUUCUACAGCAAACCGGACAUUCUGCAGAGUGCGUGCGCGUUUCAGCGUGAGUUUUUCCCUAUUUUGGAAGAGGCUUAUGGGACUAGGAGGGGCUUUAGCGGCCAUAACAGUCUUCUUCGUGACCAUGAGAAUGCAUUGACGAGGUCCAACGGCAGCCGGACUUUCUGAUACCACGACGCCUGCUGUGUUCAGUGCUAUCUAGAUGACCAUUUGCGAAUGCGAGCUGUUAAUUGGCAGAGCAAACACUGACCGUUAAAAUGCUUUUGCCCUAUUUUAGUGCUCCCGCGCGGACAUUAGCACAAACUUGCAGAAGCCCUUGGAGGGGAUACCCGCAGUCCAUAUCAGUAACCCGAAGACCCUCGAUUUUCAAGUAAGUUCGUCAGGGCCAGGCAUGUUAACUGUUUUUUUUUUCUGCCGUUCUAUUUUGGAAGUUUAGAAAAUCCCAACUACUGAGGCGUCCCAUGAACCCUCUUAUACCUUUUUUAUCGCUUCUCCAGGUAGUACGAACAACUCUCCUUCCCGGUCUACUUCACACUUUGGCUAAUAAUAAAAGCCUCCCACUCCCCCUGAAGUUGUUCGAAGUGCAGGAUGUUGUGCUGAAGGAUCCCGCCAAAGGUACAAGAUAAAAACUCUGCUCACACUGACAAGCAGUGCCAACGCAUUUGCUACUUAUUUCAUUUAAGUAGAAAUGUACGUACAAUGUUUACUUUGUAGACGUUGGCUGUCGAAAUCUGCGUCGCGUGUGCGCCGUUUACUGUAACAAAACUUCCGGGUUCGAAAUUGUCCAUGGGCUGCUGGACAGGCUUAUGCUCGUAUUGGAGGCCAAGUACACGGACUCUUCCAAGCCAGUUAAUUCCGAAAAGCUGUCGUAUCACCUGGAGGAAGUUGACGGUAAGAGGGCGUGCGUUCUGCUAGCGUGUCCAACCCCGAAUCCUUGCGAUAUGUAGCUGCUACUAGCUCUCUAAUAGCACGCUUUUUUCUGCUACAUUUAAAUACGUGUGCGAACAUUGCACACCUCGUCUGUCUGUGAACGUUUCCUUAGUGUGGGACAAGUAUGCCAUCAUAGACGACAUAGUAAUUCUCGCACGCCCUUCUGUAUUUUCUUUUCAGACAAAACCUAUUUUCCCGGCCGCUGUGCAGACAUCAUUCUGACACCCCCAGGCACUUCUAUAGGUCGACUUGGUAUUGUCCAUCCCCAGGUUUUACAGAAUUUUGGCCUGGCACUGUCUGUAUCGAGCUUCGAGAUAGAUCUGGAACCAUUCCUGUAA